UGACGUCGUGUCCAAACGAAAGCACCCGAGCGACAAUGUUUCGAUUGCUUUUCUAGCGUUUGGGUGUGAACUCUGUUGUAUCUCUUUGGUGGAUAUUGUGUUUUAUUUUUUUUUUUAGAAAAAUUGUGUCAAAUUGUGCCCUUUUUGCGUGUAUUAAACACCUGCCCCGGGGAACAUUCCACGGACUUAACCAUCACAUCUCCACCAAAAACAAAACAAAAAAAUAAGGUGCACUCCUCUGAACAAAUUCCAUCCCUCUUUUCGCACAAGAAGAAGAAGAAGUGAGAGAGAGAAGAUAGAAGAAAAGAAAAAAAAAACACACAACCAACAAUUCACUUCGCCCAAAUACAUUCACAACACAUUCCAUACAGUGCCACAGAGAAAAGGGAUUUCCACGGACAAUUUCCACUUCAGGGAAAUUCCAUUUAGGAAAGGUCUACUGUCUCUCGGAUAAUCUAUUUGACUCUUGAGACUUUGUGCGACAAUUCAGAAGGGGGAUACUCCCCUUCAAAAGAAAAACAAAAGAAAAACCAGGAAAAGGGAGACAAUGCAGGUCGAAGAAGUGGCAAAGUGAUCCAAUGCUGAAGAUUCCAGGAACUUUCCACGGAAGUGAGAUUGUGAGGAUAAGUCUGAAAUUGUGAGAAAGAAAGAGAGACAGAGAGAGAGAGAGAGAGGAUAAGAAGCAGAUAAGAAAUCUAUCUUAAGUGAAGAUCUGCCCCAGAAUCCAGCGCCCAACAGAUGCUGCAGGGAAAAUCCAAGGAAGACAUGCAGCAGUACAAAAUGCGCCAAUCGGAGGCAGUUGGUCAGCCAUCGUAUCAUCACAAUCACAGCAAUGGCCAUUCGGAUCAUUCACCGAAUUCGUCGCAUCUGUCGCUGUUGGCCGAGGAGGAGGGUCAGUUGAUAGGGAGCCGGGGUCACCAUCAACACCACAAAGGUGCCACAACUCAGCAAGUGACAACAGUUACAAAAGUUGUGAGAGAGGUUAAACAUCUGCCCAAUACCUCAUCACUGGACUAUGUCUCAAUGCCGUUGGAUGUGCAAUCAUUGGGUGAUACAGAUGAGCCAUCAGUUGACUAUGUCACCAUGCCACUAGGACUCUUUCCUAGAUCGCAGUACGUUCAGUACAAUCAUAUGGAACAGCCACAUCAUAUUUAUGUUCAUGGUUGCUCAAGUGGUCAAAAUAGCGAUGGUGUACCAUUCCAUGCUCACUAUUCUGACUACGAUGCCUAUGCACCGCAGUAUGCCAAUGCACCCGAAGCUGUCCUAACAUUUGCCAGUGGUGCACCUGGUGACGGUACAGAUGCCUCAUCGAGGACACCACCAUCACCAAGUGAUCAGUCAACAUCACCGACACAGUUGCUGGGACAGAGUGGACAGGGGGCACUCGAUGAGGCUGCUGGUGGUUACCAUUUGCAGUCUGGCUACGAUGAUAUGCCCGAUUACCAUUUGAGUCCGUCACCACGGGGCCUGGAUCGGUACGGUGAUGAGGCUGCUCAAAUGGCCUACGGAUAUAUCUCAGCGUCACCGUAUGUGGCUGCAGGGAGGGCAGCAUUGGUCUACGAAGCACCACCCGACACUGAAGGACACAUCAAGGAUUCCCACAAUGGUCCACCUGGUGGUGGUCGUUUGUAUGGUACAGAAGAGGAACUGCAGCAACAUCUGUCGGCUCUAUCGGUCCAUGGACAUGCCCUUUUGGCCGGUGAUGGUGUUGCAUCACCAGCUGCUGGACUCGAUGAUGAACAGCGACGUGUACGGUGGAGAGAUCCAAAUUUAACCGAAGUUAUAGGUUUUCUUGCUAAUUCAUCGGCCAUUGUUAAAGCCAAUGCAGCUGCCUAUUUGCAACAUCUCUGCUACAUGGAUGAUCCAAAUAAACAGAGAACCCGAACACUUGGUGGUAUUCCACCACUUGUUGCACUCCUUGAGCACGAUAAUGGCGAUGUUUACAGAAAUGCAUGUGGUGCCCUACGAAAUUUGUCAUAUGGCCGACAAAAUGAUGAAAAUAAGCGAGCUAUAAAGGCAGCUGGUGGUAUUGGGGCACUAAUAGCACUUCUGCGUCGAACAACUGAGAGUGAGGUUAAGGAAUUGGUGACAGGUGUCAUAUGGAAUAUGUCAUCGUGCGAAGAUCUCAAGCGUGCCAUCAUUGAUGAUGGUGUUAGCGUUAUUGUUACCUUCGUCAUCAUUCCACACAGUGGCUGGGAUGCCGUUAAUCCAGGUGAAACGUGCUGGAGUACAGUUUUCCGAAAUGCCAGUGGUGUAUUGCGCAAUGUUAGUUCAGCUGGUGAAUAUGCACGUACACGAUUGCGUGAAUGUGAAGGACUUGUCGAUUCUCUGCUUCAUGUCAUCCGGACGGCAAUUGAUAAGUCCAAUAUUGGUAAUAAAAUUGUCGAAAAUUGCGUAUGUAUCCUGCGAAAUCUCUCCUAUAGAUGUCAGGAAGUCGAAGAUCCAAAUUACGAUCAUCAUCCACUUCCGGCAGCUUUUGGUGGCAAUCGCAAUUCAUCGGGCACGAAGGCAUCGGCAUCAGAGAAUCUGGGAUGCUUUGGUGCCAGUCGCAAGAAGAAGGAUGUUUCUGGUGGUGGUGGGGCAGGAGAUAAGGCAUCAGCAUCAGCAUCAACAUUGACAUCAAGACCCAGACCCGAAUCAACAAAGGGCUAUGAACUCCUGUGGCAACCGGAUGUUGUACAGAGUUACCUCACCCUCCUGCAGAGUUGUUCAAAUCCCGAAACACUCGAAGCAGCUGCUGGUGCCCUUCAGAAUCUAGCAGCAUGCUACUGGCAACCAAGUAUUGAGAUAAGGGCGGCCGUUAGGAAGGAGAAGGGUCUGCCGAUUUUGGUGGAAUUGUUGAGAAUGGAAGUUGAUCGGGUGGUAUGUGCUGUGGCAACGGCACUUAGAAAUUUGGCCAUUGAUCAACGCAAUAAGGAACUCAUUGGGAAGUAUGCAAUGCGAGAUUUAGUACAGAAAUUACCAUCGGGAAAUCCACAACAUGAUCAGGGUACAUCAGAUGAUACCAUUGCAGCUGUUCUGGCAACACUCAAUGAGGUGAUAAAGAAAAAUGCAGAAUUUAGUCGAUCUCUGCUGGAUGCAGGUGGAGUUGAACGUCUGAUGAAUAUCACGAGGCAACGUCAGAAGUAUACGCCACGUGUUACAAAAUUCACUGGUCAGGUGCUGUUUACCAUGUGGCAACAUCAGGAAUUGCGUGAUGUGUACAAGAAGCACGGAUGGCGAGAGCAGGAUUUCGUGACGAAGACCGUGGCAGCCCGAAAUGCCACACCAAAUUCCCCAAAUAACGCCAAUAGUACCCUAAAUCGGCCAAUGGCGUCACAGAGUGGUACACGAUAUGAGGAUCGUACGAUAAAACGGACACCGGCACCAAGGAACAAUGGGGCACCACAGCGUCCACCCCAGGCACCCCUGUACCAACGUCCUCAGUCACACAGCAACUGAGCCAAUGGGACACGGAUCGCAGUAGGAAGUUCCACAAGAUGUGGUACAUCUUCUGGAACAGUAUCCUCAUAUUCCCACUCUCUCAACACUCAUUUCUAACUUGUAAUAGUUCGAACGCAAUAUUUAUAUACAUACAAUUACUUAUUAAAAAGAAAAAGUUAAUGUAAUAGCACAA